AUGGUUCACCGUCAAGAUGGAGCAGUCGUGCACUGCUCGAGAGAAACCGGCAGACUAAGCGCCAUUAUCGCACCUUCCAUCCUUGCUUCGGACUUCGCCCAGCUCUUAAGUGAGUGCCAAAGUGUUUUGUCACCUGAGGGUGGAGCAGCAGAUUGGCUUCAUGUGGAUGUUAUGGAUGGACACUUUGUCCCCAACAUUUCUAUAGGUAUGUGUGUUGUUCAGUCGUUGCGCAGCCACCUGCAAGAUGUCUUCUUGGAUGUUCACUGCAUGGUCAGCGACCCCGAUCGUUGGGUUGAAGAAAUGGCGAAAGCUGGUGCCACGCAAAUGACAUUUCACGUUGAAGCGGUAGCAGACCCCAAGGCUGUCGCCCGUCACAUACGUGCUGCAGGUAUGUUGUGUGGUGUAGCGUUGAAACCAAAGACGCCCGUAAGCUCUGUUUUGAACCUUGUAGAAGAGCAGCUGAUCGACAUGGUAUUGGUCAUGACGGUGGAGCCGGGUUUUGGCGGUCAGUCUUUCAUGCAAGACAUGAUGCCGAAGGUGGAAGAGCUUCGUGCAAGGUUUCCGUGUUUGAAUAUACAAGUGGAUGGAGGAAUUGGACCAGGAACAAUCGAUGCGCCUGCGAGGGCUGGGGCGAAUGUAAUUGUGGCGGGAACAUCUAUUUUCAGGGCAGACUCAAGGAAGGAGGCCACAGAAAGCAUGCGACGCGUCGUGCAGGGUUAUCUGGGAUCCACAACGAGUUAG